AUGGAUGUUUACCGCGCUGGCAGCGCAUGCGCGCCAACAACAGCUGCUGCGAUUACGGCUGCUUCGCGCAUUGCUGCUCCUGCCGCUGCAGCUGCCACUCAACAGCUGCAGCAGCAACAGCUGCAGCAGCAACAGCAGCAGCAGCAGCUGCAGCAGAUCCGUGAAGGAGGCGCUGAGGCUGAGAAGCCUCCAGCCGAAUCUCUGUGGAGCUCGCAAGAUUCUACUGCCGCAGAUCCAGAGGACUUCUGCUUGGCAUUCAGUUCGGCAAGUCCAACGGUGUUUUCGCUCCUGGAAAUACUACAAAACAACCGAUUUGCUGCGAACGCAGCAGCAGCAGCAGCUCAUGCAGUGUCUACGGCAGCGUCAGCAGCAGCUGAUGCAGCACGCAGUGUGGCGAUGCUUGCAGGAAGUGCAGCAACAGCUUCUAGCGCAGCGGCUUCCCCUGCUCCGUCACGGCUGGAAACAGCUCCGUCUGCAUGCGUUCAGCGUCAAAAUUCAGCAGCAGACUCAGCACCGUGCAUUAGCUGCGCUGCUGUUGGCAGUCAACCAGCGUCGCCGUCUCGAUCGCUGUGGACCAUACACUUUCGUUGCAUGCUGCAACAGCCGCAGCACCAGCAGAUGCAGCAGCAGCAGCAGCAACAGCAGCAGCUGCAGCACGUCACGACACCAACAAGAGCCGCAGCAGCAGGAGCAGCAGGAGCUGCUGCUGAUGCGGGAUGA